GCAUUCGACAGUGACAUAGGUGACAACUUGUUUACUCGUCUCUUAUCAUUGUUAUCAAAUUUGAAUGUUAACCUUUAUUUUUAUUACUGUUUAUUGUAUUUAAUCGUCAAUUAUGAAGUGAUAACAGCAGUGGAUAACAAUAUAAUUAACCGUUGCUGUCAAAGAAAUACCUGAAACGUUGCGGAGCAUCGUAAUUUACUUCUGAAGUAAUCAUGUUAAUAAUGCUAAGGAAAAUUACUUCCCCGCUUUCUAAUUUAAGUAAAAAUGCCUGUCGAGCUCUCUCUUCGUCUUCUGCUCCUAAGGAGGAGAAAAUAAAAGUAAAAAACUGUGAUAUUAACUAUGUAAAAGUUGGUAAUGGAGCUCACCAUGCUCUCUUCUUGCCUGGGGCGUUAGGCACAAUAUGGACUGAAGGGAAACCUCAGAUAGAAGGGUUUGAUCGCGAGAAGUUCACUUUAGUAACUUGGGAUCCUCCUGGUUAUGGCAAAAGCAGGCCACCGGAAAAAGAAUUUACUACAGACUUCUAUGAAAAAGAUGCAGAGAUGGCUUUUGAGUUCAUGAAGGCUUUGAAAGUUCCCAAGUACUCUGUGAUGGGGUUCAGUGAUGGUGGGAUCACAGGUUUGAUCCAUGCUGCCAAAUACCCAGAUUCUGUCACAAAACUGGUUGUCUGGGGCACCAACUCUUUUAUAUUGCCCAUUGAACUGGAAAUGUAUAAGAAAAUUAGGGAUAUAAAUUCAUGGUCAAAAAGAAUGAGGGAGCCUCUAAUUGAGAUUUAUGGAGAGCAACUGUUUGCCAGAUACUGGGCAGCCUGGGUAGAUGGCAUGGAAGCUAUUUACAAUGCUAAGAAUGGCAACAUUUGUAAUGAACUACUGAAGAAUAUUAAAUGCCCAACUUACAUACUGUAUGGACAGAAGGAUCCCCUAGUAGACAGUGUGCAUGCUUCUCACUUGCACACAAACAUUGAUAAUUCUAGGAUACAUCUGUACCCAGAAGGCAAACAUCACAUUCAUUUGAAGUAUGCUGAAGAUUUUAACAAGAGAGUGCAAGAAUUCUUACUGAAACCAUAAACCUAUACCUGCAGCUAUUGUAUUUACUGUAGAUAACAAUGUAUUACAGUAUUUUACAUUAUUGGAAUUUGUACAAAGGAUUCGAAAGAAAAAAUUAACAAAAA